AUGAGUGACAAACUUGUGGCAAAUGAACUGCUGGCGUUCCUGCAGCAGAAACUGGACGUGAUGGACGAGGUGUCCGCCGUCCAGAUCUGUGUCACGAACUUCAGCGAGGAUGACAUCGCUGCUGCGAAGCUGUUGCUGUUCCGGUCGCUCGAUAAGGUCGAGCAGAUGGUGUCUCGUCGGCGCGACGGGACUAAGACAAGUGUGCAGGACAUUAUCACGCUACUGAAGUGUACCGAUCCUGACGACGUGCCGACGUUUGUGGCGAGGGACUUGAACAAGUUACCUCCAGUCACAUUCGACCACGUCGACGUUACGAGCCUUUUGAAAGACAUUGUGUCUUUGAAAGCUAGUUUAGCUGAUGUGCAGAGGAAGUUGGAGACAUCCCAGAUCACCGUCGCAGACCUGCGCACAGAACUCAACGAGUUGCGCAACUCUGUGGCGUUAACUGGGUCACCGGCGCGUGUAAGCUACGUAAACACGCGCCGAGGUGCUGGCUGCCUCGACACAUCAGUCACGAGUUUCGCGUCAGCAGUUUUGUCGCCGGCGCCGAUUGCUGCGUCUGCGUUUCGCGCGCCUAGUGUGCAACGCAGCCCCGCUCCCGUCCCCGCAGCUCCUCCCCGCAGCGCUGCCCGACCGACGCGACCCUCUGACCCGGUGGUCACUGUGAGCAUUCCCACUGCUCCCCCCGCAAAGCCCGUGGCCGUAAAGGAGAAAACCCGGGCUGAUGAUGACGGCUUUGUGACGGUGCAAAGGAGGAAGCGCCGUCAGAGGAGCUGUAAGAACCGCUGCGGCAAGGCUCCUUAUGAGCCCAACGAAAACCUGCGUGCCGCGAAGCCGAAUACGCCGGUGUACAUUUCCCGUCUUCACUACACCACUGACGCGGAGGACAUCGUCAAGUACGUUCGCCAGAGGCUGAAGUACGUGCCGAGAGUGCAGCUGCUGGAAUCGCAUCGCAACGUCAACUUUAAGGCGUUUGUGGUGCGCAUACCAACAUGCUACCUGCCUCAGGUGAUGGACGAGAGCUUCUGGCCACAGAAUGUGGUAUUUCGUCGGUUUCGCGGACAAGUACCACCGGAACGCACAAAGACAUAG